AUGUCAAAGCCCCGAAGUGGGCCAGAUCAAGUCGCCCUUCUCAAGGACUUUCUCAAAGAGUUGUGUGGCGAAGAUGACUAUGUGAUCAAAAGGCGAAAAGCAAUCAAAGCAGCCAGUGGUUUGAGUUUGAAGGAUAGCAGGGUUGCUCGGUUUACCUUUCUGUCCCGCUAUGCAGAUACAGCUGGCAUCAGAGAGCAUGAGGUAGAGCAGGAUGACAAUGCCAACUACCUCUUGCAAUUUUUUGCCACUUUCGCUGAUCAGUUACCGGUGGACGCCGAACUGAAGGAAGCCCUGUGCUGGGCAUCGCAUAGCCUCGGUCUAAACCCUCACUUGAAGUCUACACAGCUUCACAUGGCUUGGGCCGAGUCGGAGUCAGAGCUCCAACGUGCUUUCUUCAGCUACAUGAUGAGACGGUUCCAGAAGAACAGCAAUGCAAGGCCUGGCCGGUCACAUAUGUCGGACAUCAAGGCGGUGAUACGAGCGAAGCUGAAGGCCGCUGGACUUUUGACGAAGAAAGGCAAGAAGGUUGCUUCUCGGGGAAGAAGCUCUUCGUGGAAAAAUCUUGAUCAAGCAGGUGACGAGAAAGCUGAAGAUGAGAAGAUUUCUCCAACCGAACUUGAAGAAAGUGAGGAGGAGGAUGAGGAUGAAGAAGAAGAAGAAGCACAGCACCCCAAAGACGAAGGAGAGAAGGAAGACGAAGAAGACGAAGAAGGCAAGGAAGGUGGACAAGAUAGUUCCAACGCAGGCGAAGCAUUGGAGGAAGGAGAGCAGGAAGAAGAAGAAGGUGAAGCAAAGAAGGGUGACGAUCAGGAUGAAGGACAGAAACAUGAAGGAGAUAAUGGAGCAAACGAGGAAGACUUUGAUGAUGGCGCAGCAGAAGCAGAAGGCUAUGAAGUAGAGGAGGUUGAGGGCUACGAAGAAGGACUUUUGCGUGAGGAGGGAACUGGCGAGGAGGAAGCCCGAGAAAACGAUGAGAUCCUGGAGGCGAUGAUGGCUGAGGACGAGAAGGAGCUUGAUGACAUGAUGAAGUUUCUUCAAAGCGACCAUGAAGAGCAGAAGAAGAAGACAGCAAAGAAGGAUUAUGGUCCUCUUCGCCCUGACCAAUUUGAUACUUUGCCGAUGGAGUCAGACCCGGACUUUUGGCGCCUAGAUUCAAAGGAAGAUUCCCAAGUUCUCAUCUACAGCCCACCUGAUGAGACAAAAGCGAAAGCACCUGAGAAUGCAGAAGAUGACAAGAAGGCCAACAAGAAAUCAAACCCUCCAGAUGAAAAAGCGCAGGCAAAGUUGAAGGACAUGCCGGCUGCUGUGUGGACUACUCGCUGCCGGAGGUUGAAGAAUCCUGAUGCCGAAAAUGAAAAGGCUGGAAAUGAAACAGAAAGUCUGAAAGAUGAAGAGGAGGUGAAGACCAAGCAGGGAAAGCAUUUGGACAAGAAGGAUGCUCCCAAUGAGGAAGAUGCGCCCAAGACAAAGGAUGAUGAUGUGAAGCCAAAGAGAUCCAAAUCAGCCAAGGGUGAAGUCAGCAAGCAGGACACGCACAAGGGUUCUUCGACAGACAAGGCAGCGAAGGACCCGAAAAAAGAGAAGACACCUUUGGAGAGCAAGGCUUCUUCAAAAGACAAAACUGCGAUCCCCAACAAGAAAGACCCUGAGGAGCCCAAAGAGAUCGAGCUCGUGAGUGAUGAAAACGAAGAGCGGGAAAACAGAGGAACAUUCAAGGACCGAAAGCCUAUGACCAAAGAACCUCCUGUCUACAACGACAGUAUCGCAUGCGUUGCCAAGAAAAGAGCCGAUGAAGAAGAGAAGGCAAAUGAUAUCGCUGAGGUUUUGGAGGCUCAAAAGAUGAUGAGACAAGCCGUCAGAGAAGAGGAGGAAGAAGCAGAGGACAUGGAUAGAUUUAUGAGAGAAGAUGAAGAGUCAUCAGAAGGCAGGAAAGGUCGAGGUAAAGGAAAAGGACGCGGUCGAGGUAAAGGAAAAGGACGCGGCCGAGGACGGGCCAAAGGAAGGGGGAAAAGCACUUGCGCAAGAAAUUUGGAGACUGAGUUCAAAGAAGCAAGCGAGAAGCCAGAAGGAGAGAGCAAAGUGAAAGAGCUGGAGGCUGCAGAGGAAGCCAAGAAGUCCCAAAAGAAGAAGAGCGAUGCAGGAGAUGAUGGUGAGACACCCCCAGCAAAGCGCAGAAAGAAUGCACCGCAGAAGAAAAAUGAGAAGGGCAAAAAAGAAGAGGAUGAUGCAGGGGGAGCAGAGAGGAAGGUCCCAGUAAAGGCAGAAGCAGCUACAAGGAGGAAGAGAAAGCAGAAGGAUGAGGAUACCACGCCAAAGAAGGAGCACAAGGAGGCAAGCGCAGAGAAGCUAGGAGAAGAGAGUGAAGGUGCAAAGCCAGCUACGGUCACUCCAAAAAAGAAAGCACGUGUUGGGACUGCGGAAUCACCGAAAGUAUCCCCCAAGAAUACCAGGAAAAGGUGGGCAGCCAUGAAGGACGUGUCAUUUGCCGAAGUGAAGCAGGUGAUCAACGCCGACCAGGAUUUUGCGGGCCUGGCACCAACUCUCAAAGAGCUCGAAAAGACAUUGGGCGAAGGUAAGUCAUUUACUUUGCGAGCCCCUGAAAGUCUGCCUGACAAAGUCCCGCUGCAACCGGGGCAGAAAGAACCUGGACUCCAAGUUCUGCUGACUGCCCGGAGCUUCUAUGUCUACCCGGUGUUGCCUGCUACCGUGGCGUUGGUGAAUAAAAACCUUGGAAUGGCAUUCAAAGUGAAUAGCCAGAAAGGAGUGUCCAUUGGAUGGGCGAAGUACUCCGGUGUUGGCCCUUCGUGGGAAUGUGCCAAGUAUUUGGCUGGUUGGCAGCGCUCCUAUGAGUCAGAGACUCGCUGA